GGAGGAGUCAGCGCUGUGCAGCGGUAACACACUUCAUCCCUGUUUGUGGUUUGAUGACCCCGCUGAAUUCAACAUGGAAUCCAAAGGCGGAGGUUCAUCUUUAAUCCAAAAGAAGGAAUAGACAAUCCAGCGAUGAUGGCCACAGACAGCACAGAGCAGGGGUCAACACCUACACCACACCUGUGUGUUCUCAGACCAGAGGAGGGCGAAAGCUUCGGAUUUGAUCUGUCAACAGGGAUGAAGAAGCACAACGGACACGUCAUUAGAAAUGUUGCUUCAGGAGGGGUGGCACAGCGUAGCGGCCUUAAAGGUGGCGAUAGAAUUCUGGAAGUCAACAACCACUAUGUUGAUCAUUUGUCGUGUUCUGAGGUGGCAAGAAAAAUAAAGCAAAGCGGACAACAGUUAUGCUUGUUAGUGCUGGAUGGAGAGGUGUAUGAGCGAGCUCUGUCUCGGGGUGAAGACUUGCAAAGUCUUGCCAAAACAUAUAAAGGAGGUGAUUUAAAACCCCCCAGGCUAUGUCACAUCACCAAACACCCGGACUCUGGCUUAGGUAUCUACUUUGCACCCUUAGAAGGGGAAAAAGGUUGUUUCUCUGUGAAUGUUGUGGCAGGAGGUGCUGCAGAGAAGGCGGGGGUGCUCAAAGGAGAUCACCUGGUGUGGAUUAAUGGAGCAGUGGUGUCCCAUCUCACACACUCUGCCCUCACUAAAAUGAUGAAAAGAUGUGGCAAUCACAUCACUGUUAUGGUGAUAGACAGCAAGAGUGAGAUGAUCUAUAGGCAGAAGAAGAUCCCCAUCCUUCCUGCUAUGGCUGUGCCACAUAAUCUUCCUUUUCGGGCAAGAAAACUUCACCUCAGCAGAGGGGUUAAGGGCUAUGGCUUUGUCCUUCGGCUGGAGAGGACUGUGUCAGGACGCACAUAUCAUUUUUUGCGUGAGAUGGACAGCGGGGGCCCUGCACAGGAGGCGGGAAUGAAGGAUGGGGAGAUCUUAUUGGAGGUUAACGGAGAGUCAGUGGAGUCAUUGACACACACUGAGAUUGUGGAUAGAGUGAGACUGAGUGGAGAAAAAUUGUCACUCACCACCAUCAGCUUCCCUGGGUUGGAGUUUUAUACAAAGCUUGGUCUAACUCCUGUGCUAUUCUGUGAAGAUGAGGCUACCAAGAAAGAGGAGGACAAAAGUGUCUCAGCUGCUGCAGAGCAGGAGGAAGAGGAAGUCUCCGUUUUGUGAAUUGCAGUCAUCGUGAAUCAGAACAGCAAAGAUAACAGUACAGGAAGUUUCAAAGUCACCUAAAUAAAAAAGAAAACAGCUUCAGAAAGCAAAUAAGAGAACAUCUAAUAAAAGACCCUGAGGACUGAGACUUGAGUCUGAAGAACUAUACUCCAACACUUCAUAUCAACACAAAAACAGAAACAACAAAAUGAAACUAAUAAGGAAGCAAUCUUCUAAGAAGAUUUUUUUCAUUUUGACUAAUAAUUAAAAGCAAUUCUAAGAUGUUAAAAUAUGUACAAAUUAGUAUUUGCAGGAAUGUCUAAAAACUUAAAUUCUGAAUCAUCGGUUUUCUUUAUGUAAUAUCAUGGCAGCAUGACUUGUUUGAUAAAUGUAUAAUUUUUUCUGCUGUUUUGCUUCUAAGAAUGUCUGCAUGUUUUUAAAUGUUUUGUUUACAUGGAAGAAUUAAUUAAAAACUUUUAAAGAGUGUAAAACGUGAUAGGAAUGAGGCACAGCUGUUCUACACAACAACGUCAGGACUUGCUAGCAGAUAAUAACAGCUAAUGAAUAUUUACUUUUGUGUGACAGAACCUGCAAUUGAAAUAUUCAUCCAUAAAUAAAAUCAUACAACCUUAUCACUUAUACAUUUUUUUGAUUAAUUUUUUUAAAGAAAAUUAUUUGAGCUAUUUUUACAAGAAGUAGUUAAUCAAAAACCAAAUUGUGUGUGGAGGAGGGUGUGUGUGUUUGUGUCUCAAAGAAAAAUUAGGGCUGUCAGAUUUGUCGCGUUAAAAACGCAAUAAUCUGACAUGUACUUGACGCCGACAAUUUUUUUGACGCA